AUGAAAUUUGAAAGUUUACCAAAUGACAUAUUCUUGCAUUGUUUUGAAUAUCUCAAUGCUCCAGACAUAUUCUACGCAUUCGAACAAUUAAAUCCUCGAUUUUAUCGAUUAAUUCGAACGAUUUCAUUACGUCUCAAUUUUGAAGAUAUUAACAAAUCAAUCUUUGAUCGAUUUUGUGAGAAAAUGUUAGAUUAUACAGAAAUUCAACAACAAAUCUAUUCAUUAAAACUAUCAAAUGAACAAGCAUAUUGUCAAAUUCAAGCAUUCUUCACGUACUUCUCAUUGGUUGAAUUCACUCGACUUCGAUCAUUAACUUUAAUUGAGGUCAAACAAAAUGAUAUAGAACAAUUAUCAUCAACAUUACCAUUACUCUCGCAAUUAAUAUGUCUUCGAUUGAUUCCUUCUCUAUCGGUUUUAGAUACACUCCUCCAUAAACUUCCAAAAUGCAAACCAAACAUAUUGUCAACAUCGUCAAUAAGUUCUACAUUAUCAUCUCAAGAAAUCAUACCACUUACAAAGUUGUCCGUAAAGUUUGGCAUGAUGAAUCACAUAUAUCAAAUGUUACUACAUAUGCCAUUAUUAGAAUAUCUAAAUAUUUCAAGAGGUCUUCAAUUUGAUUCAGUAUCAACUACUGACAUAGGUCAUCUUCAUGGUCGUGUUAAUCAUCUAAAAUAUCUAAAUGUAUCUAAUUGUAUGGUUAACACGGACAAUUUGAUGGAUGUCAUUGCAUAUAUGAUCAACUUGCGAAGUUUAACAGUCUCUGUAUAUGAAAAUUCCGAUAUAAUCGAUGCUUCUCGUUGGAAACACCUAAUCACAUCUUCAUUACCACAUUUAACUGUGUUUCGAUUUAGAUUUGGUACUUUUGAUCGAAAUGAGAUAAUUAGAAAGUAUGAAGAUUUUCAAACGAAUUUUUGGAUCAAAGAACAUCAAUGGUAUACAGAAUGUUUAUUAGGAGACCAAAUUUUAUCACAAAUUUUCACAAUUCCUUAUCUGAAUGACACAAGAUCGAUGUGGUUAAAAUACGUUCGACACUUUAAUACACGAAUUGAUCAUUCAAAGACGUUCGAUAAUGUUACAGAUUUACAUUUACCAGGUGAAGAACUGUUGACAUCAAAUGGCUUUUAUUUUCCUAAUAUUCGAUCGUUGGUUAUUCAUUCUUUACCUGUAUUUGCUAAUGAAAAAAUUCCAUUAUGUUCUCAAACAACAAGACCAACAAUUUCGUUAGAAAUUCUUAAAGAAGCACCAAACUUAUCAUCCCUCAAUAUUUACAAUUGUGCCAUAGAUAUAUUGAACACUAAUAAGGAAAUAUGUCGAUAUACCAGUGAAAUGAUAAAAAAAUUACAGUUCUGUGUAUAUUCUCAGCCAAAUCCAUGUCAAAAACCGCAUGACGUGAGUUCAAUUCACAAAGUAUUUCCAAAUGUUGAACAAAUGACUUGUCCUAAGACCCAACCAGAUACAUGUUUAUUCUUAUUAAAUAAUUUACCUAAAUUAUCAACAUUGACUAUUCAUUUUUAUCAGUCGGAGAAUGACAGUUCUUUCAGCAAAGUGAAAGAAGAAUUAUCAAAAUUAAAGAAUAUAUUUUUUUAUGAGGAAAUACUACGCGCUAAACAACACGUAAAAUUAAUGGCAUUUGGUUUUUGGGUUGGUCGUGGUGAUAUAACUACAUAA